AUGGCCGGGGCAGUCCGCCAACCCAUCGACGUCGGCUCACUCGAGCGCUACAUCGGGGCCCACGUGCCCGCGAUCAAAGUCCCCGUUGACGUCAAGCAGUUUGGCUACGGCCAGUCCAACCCCACGUACCAGCUGACGGACCAAGGUGGCCGCCGCUACGUCUUGCGCAAGAAGCCGCCGGGGCGUCUGCUCUCUAAGACGGCGCACAAGGUCGACCGCGAGUACCGCAUCAUCCACGCGCUAGCCGGCACCGAUGUCCCUGUGCCUAAGACGUAUUGCCUGUGUGAGGAUGACGCCGUCAUUGGCACCGCAUUCUACAUCAUGGAGUUCCUAGAUGGCAGGAUAUUCGAGGACCCCGCCCUGCCGGGCGUCUCGCCCGAGGAGCGCUCCGCUUUGUGGCAUGAUGCUAUUCGUACACUGGCAAAGUUUCACAGUGUCGAGCCCGCUUCCGUGAAUAUGCAGUCCUUCGGCAAACCUGCCGGAUUCUACAACCGCCAGUUGGCUACCUUUCAGACUAUCUCGGAUGCGCAGGCCAAGACUGUCGAUGUCGAGACUAAGCAGGCCGUCGGCAAGAUUCCGCAUUACGACGAUAUCGUGGCGUUCUUCAAGGACCCUGCUACGCAGCCCAAAGAUCGGAGCGGGUUCGUGCAUGGCGACUACAAGAUUGACAAUGUAGUUUUUCACAAGACGGAGCCUAGGGUUAUUGGGAUCUUGGAUUGGGAGAUGUCCACGAUAGGCCAUCCUCUCUCCGACCUCGCCAAUCUUCUCACCCCCUACGUCACUGCGAAAUCAGGAAUAGUUCUGGGCAGCAACCGCUCAAGCAAGGCAUUUCGGCCCGGUGAGACGCCAGGGCUGCCGACGCAGGCACAGCUCGUAUCGUGGUAUUGGGAGGCCGCAGGCUGGAAUCCAGCUCCCGAUCUUACGUGGGGCGAAGCAUUUGGCAUCUAUCGCAAUGCCAUCAUCAUGCAGGGCAUCGCGGCGCGGUACGCGUUAAGACAAGCCAGCAGUGCAAAUGCAAAGCAUUACGCGGUGCAGAUGCCGCUCAUGGGUGAACUGGCGUGGAGUUUGGUGGAGGAGGUGAAGAAGAAGCAUCAAAAGGCCAAACUAUAG